AAUACUGAUCCUCAGCGCGCGCACUUUCAGGAAAGUUGUUGUGGAAGAAUAAAACUGAGGCUGAGCCCCGCGAGCUUUCUACAGGAAACAAUGAGCAGGCCUGCGUCUGACAGUGAAUCUGAGGCAGAUGACUCGGAGUCGCUCGUUCAUUCAUUGUCUAUAAGAGUAGAAUAUUACAGGUCGUUUGAGUAUUGUCUGAAGUGGGAAGAGUCCAUGUAUACCAGAAGCUCAUCCAAGGCCUCCAAGAAGAGCCUUCAGAGAAGUCCCAGCCCUAAGGAGGAUGACAUCCAGCGCAAGUUGAAGGGAAAGAAGAGGCAGAAGAAGACAGAAGAUGGCAAAGGCGCAGUUAAUGCAAAUAAGUUGAGCAGCCGGGACCUCAUUGACAUCAUCACUGACACACAUGAUGCCGAACCUCUGGCUGAGGAGGUCGAGGGAAAGUCUGUGGAGGUCGCUGAUACAGCAGUGGACGAGUUCGAUGAAGACUGCGUCUCUGUCAGCAGCAGCGUCGCCUCUGGCCCCUCCACCUUUUGUCCCACCAACGUCAAGAGAUGGAGUUCUUUACAGAGCUUGUGCUCAGCGUGUCAGAAGCUCUACCAGAGAGCAGAGAAGAUAAAAACACCAAUCAAAGACAAAGACUUAGACAAGGAUCCCAACUCUCUGACAUGUGACCACUGGGUCCUGAUCAAACAGUGGAGACCCAAAAGGCUGCCUAAUGCACGAGGGAAGCUUUUGACCCAUGUGAAGCUGGUGAAGAAAAGACUCAAGUCAGGUGUGAAGCAGAGUGAGAUUGAUGAGAGAGAGUCAUCAGCCUGCUGGCGACCGCGCACUUUCCUACAGCGGAACCUUCGGUGCUGUGUCAGAGUGCCAGCCAUGAAGGGGAGGAAGAAGAAGAUUAGGAGGAAGAGGGCAAGGGGUGACUCUCAGGGUUCUCGCGCUGCUAAGCAACGACGUCUCCACAGCAACAGUCCCCGCCAGCACCUCCGUAGAAGCUGUACUCGUGGCAGCAGCCCUCAGCCAAUCAGCAGUCUCAGCAGCAGUCCGGCUUUUGAGAGAUGUGACGAUCGAAAAGGCGACAAUCAAGCGGACAAACAGACGACUGUUGAGGUGAUUCCCUGCACAGUCCCUCUGGACACCCUCAAAGUGAAAGAUCCUCCCCCUGAGAAGAAAACACCAAACAAGAGUGGAUUCAGAAAGCUGCUUUCCCAGCUGCGCGGCAACAGCAGCAUGAUCGUCAAAGAAAAAUGUUAGCGAGGUGACUCCGCUUUGUUUUGAACCUUGUGUUAAAGGUUUUAAACAGCUACAGUGUUCAAGUGUUGAUGUAGCUUGUUGUUGUGUUGCUCUGUAGGUUUUCAGUGGCCCCGUACACACCUGGUAUUAACAUCCGUCCUGAGAGGUCCGAUCACAAGUGGCCAGCGCUAAGUGCGUGUGUUCACAUCUGAAUGUCCUGAAACCGGAAUGUGUCUCCUGUGACCACUUGUGAUCGGAUCUCACUUUCCCGCUCUACGUGCAAAUUGACACUGCCAUUUGUUUUAGUUAAGCCAGUGUCCUCCAUGUGUGGGAUGUCACUGUGUGUGUUUCUGUACUUCUAUCUUUGUGAGGACCAUUUUAAGCAUGGACCCUACAGAGUGAGGACAUUUUUGGAAAGUCAGGACAUUUUGACUGGUGCUCACUUUUUCAAUGUGCUGUUUGAGGGUUAAGGUGAGGCAUUUAGUUUAAAUAUAAGGUAAGGGUACGGGGCUAAUGAAUUGAUUAUAUCGAUGAAUGUCCUCACUAAGAUAGAAGUACAAUCGUGUAUGAAUGAGCAAAAAUAAAGGUGUAGAGGGGAGUUAGGUGACUCUGAAUGCAGCUGUGAAGAAAGAUAUACCGGGCUGUGUACAGGGCCCGAGGUGUUCACACUGACUUUGUUCUCUCAAUCUGAGUUUGUAAAAAACCUCUGCCAGAAGCCAAGACCGAUUUCUCAGUUUGCCGAAACUAAAGCCGAUCUUUCUCAGAUAUCGGUAUCUGUGUUAUGAAAAGUUUGUUUAACAGAAUAAACAAUGCAGAAAAGUUGCACAUUUAUGUUUACAUUUUACAUAAACAAUAAUGUUUAUUUUCUUAAUUCUGGUUAUUUAUAUGUGGUUGUAUUUAUGUUUUCUUUUUAUGUAUAGCUAUUUAUAAUAAACUUUUUGUUGAAUUGUAAAAUAUCAAGCCUCAAUCACAUUCCUAAGUUAUAUUUUAUAAUUUUGAAGUUGAACUACUUUGAUAUAUUCAUGUAAACUGUUAACUGCCAAUUACAAUAUUUAUGAGCAGGGUUUUAGUUUGUUAUUUUCCACACAGAAAAAGUGACUGUUUGCAGACUAAUAAACACUUAUUUUCUCAGAGUGA